AGAUAACAAGUGUCAGUUAUAUAUCAUUUAUCUGUGACAAAAGUGACCGGAAGGUCGCAUUAGUAUUUCACAAAGAAAAGACCAUUUGGGGCGAACGUUAAGAUGAUUUUCGCAGGAAUUUUCGUCAUUUUGUCGUGCUUGAUAUUAGGGGUUCCAGCACCUCAUGGUGGAACGAGACUGUGCAAGAAAUGUGACCAUUAUGUCAGAGACCCAAGGGAGUGUAUGGUAUAUCAUCUUUGCCAUGGAGAGUCAUGUGUGACAGAAGUGCAUUUCAUACACAACGAAUAUUUGUUUCUCUACACGUGUAAACCUGCACAUGAAUGUGAGCAGCAUCGUAAUGAGAUAGUUGGUAAAAAAAGAGCACCUCAUGAACACGGUGCUGUUGUUUGUAGAGAUUGCUGCACUCUUCAUAACUGCCAGGCUCACGAGGAAAAUGCUUGCUCAAAAUAUUUCAGCCGGACAACAACACCAGCAUCGAUGACCACAACAGCAUCAAUGACCACUACCACGGUAAACGAUAAUGGCUGUCGAAAUUACGAAAGUGAAACAUUCAAGUGUUCUGAACUAUCAAAGUAUAAUUUCUGCACAGACACCACGUCUGUGGCUUAUGCUAUUGCGCACGAGAAAUGCGCAAAGUAUUGCGGUUUUUGUAAUCCGUUUGGACCUGCCGCCACUACUACUACUUCGGCAAACACAGUGGCACCGGAAGCUACAUCAAAGGUCCCAGCUACAUCCACCCUGGCACCAGCGCCAAUCACAACAACUCCCGCUCCGACUACCAUGGCGCCGGCGUCAACUACAACAACUCCCGCUGCAACUUCCAUGGCGCCAUUGACAGAUAUUCCAGCUUUGACAAUAACAAUGGACUGGACGACAACUAACCCUGAUUCUGUGACACCUAUGGUUGCGGAGGUAAAUGUGACAGCACCGACUGAUUCGUGUAAGGAUGAUGAUGAUCCUUCUUUAACUUGUGCUGACAUGUUACGGUUUGGAUUUUGUGAUCCUGCUUCAGGGGCUGGUUACUCAUUCGCCCAACUUCGAUGCAGGAAAACGUGCCAAUUCUGUUAGAUCGAUGCUGUGUUGCUCAGACAAACAGAUGUUGUUAUGCUUGUAUUUAAAGUCACAGGCUCAUUGAAAUAAAACGAUACUAAAUUUA